GAGUAUCUCCGGGAAGACAUUGGACAUCGACUCAUCAAAGUCGCUAUUGUUUUCCUCGUGUUGCAGACCGUCUUCACAGCCUUGUUCUAUAUCUCGAGAUAUCUCAAUAAGAUGCUCAAUGGACUGGAGUGCUGGCUUGUUAUGCCCAUCGCAUACAUAUUCAGCACUGCUCUGUGUGUAUGUGGAUUAUUCAUCGUGCAAUGGGGUGGCGCUGGCCGCCAUGUCGAAGCCGUCCUUCUGGACGACCCAACCAAGAUCAUCAUGAGAACCAAGAUCGACAAAUCCGUGGAAUUUAUAGACUUUGCGGCCAUCACCGGAUCCAAACUGGUCAUCCUGUGCCUAUACAUGCGCAUCUUCUCCUCGCUGCGUUACCGAAUCGUGACCUAUGCGGUGGGCGCCCUGAUCGUUCUGACCUGGUUCGUGGGAUUUCUGCUCAGCCUGACUAUCUGCAAGCCAUUUGCGUUUCAAUGGGAUCACUCGAUCCCAGGAGGUCAUUGCGGAAACAUCAUUAGGGGAUACCAGCUCAUAUGGAUUCCCAACAUCCUUACGGACUUCAUCAUGCUGGUCCUACCACUCCCUGCAAUAUACAAGCUCCAUGUCAACUUGCCAACAAAAGUUGGUCUAUUUGCGACGUUCCUCAUUGGUUCUAUAGGAAUCAUCACGUCGAUCUUACGACUGAUCACGUUCAUUGAGGCCGAGGAACUCUUCAUGGAUCCUACGUACAAAUGCAUCCUUACCUUCUCAUACGUCAUUGCCGAGGCCGGAACCUACCUCAUUGCUGCCUGCAUGCCAAAUUUGCGGCCCCUCAAGCGACGUAUCCUGCCAGAACACAGCUUUACGAAACUGGUAGACUCCACUCUCAAGAAGCUCUCUGUU